AAUUCUAAAAUUGGACAGAGUAACACACAGUAGAAAGUAUCAUCACUUUCAGUGGCCUGCUUAUUUGAGUCGAAUGUAGACACUUGCGGUUGAAAUAUAAUGAAAAUUUGAGCGUGAAAUUCUCCGUAGAACUUCGAGAUUGGCAAGCACGCAUAGCAACGAAUUCAUUGUCAGAUGAUCAGAUCUACAAUUCGUUGCGCAUAGAAUCCAAAAGCUUUCAAAGUUCGCUGCAUGUCGCGCAUCUCUGGCGGCGGAAUAGUGGAAUAUGUUUGACCUGACAACGUGUUAGCAAGGCGACGCGUCAUUUUUGGAUAAAUCAAAUAAAACUUUCUUGGAACUUUUCCUAAUCACCACAAAUUCACCCUAACGCCUUGAAAUGCCAAAACAGGAAGGUAAUCCUCAAAUCUUGAAAUAUGUCAGUUUAGUAACACUGACACUACAAAAUGCCGUUUUGGGGCUCAGCAUGCGGUAUGCACGCACCAGAGCAGGAGACAUGUUUUUGUCAUCAACAGCUGUAGUGAUGGCAGAAGCGGUCAAACUAGCAACGUGUCUGAUUUUGGUGUAUGUAGAAGAAGGAAACUUCAGAAAAUUUCUACGUACUCUUAACUUGACAAUCAUCAAACAGCCACUAGAUACACUGAAAGUUUGUGUUCCAUCGCUUGUGUAUAUCAUACAAAACAAUCUUCUAUACAUAUCCGCAUCGCAUUUGGAUGCAGCAACUUACCAGGUCACAUAUCAAAUGAAAAUUUUAACAACAGCAUUUUUUGCGGUAUUGAUACUUCGAAAAACGCUCCUAGCUAUUCAGUGGAGUGCCUUGAUGCUCCUUUUGACUGGUGUGAUUUUAGUUCAACUAGAUCAAAGUAAACCAAGUUCUGUGCCAUCAGGUACGGAACAAAAUCACCUAAUUGGUGUCUCAGCUGCACUAAGUGCAUGCUUUCUCUCGGGAUUUGCUGGGAUUUAUUUUGAAAAAAUUCUAAAAGGUUCCGAUAUUUCUGUCUGGAUGCGAAACGUUCAGCUCAGUUUACUUUCUCUACCAUUUGGAUUGUUUACUUGUUUUCUAUAUGACGGAACCAUCAUUUUUAAACAAGGAUUUUUCUUUGGCUAUGACUGGGUUGUUUAUUAUUUAGUCGUACUUCAAGCUGGAGGUGGGCUUGUUGUAGCCAUGGUUGUUAAACAUGCAGACAAUAUUUUGAAAGGGUUUGCUACUUCUUUAGCUAUUGUUAUUUCCUGCAUAGCAUCCAUUUACUUAUUUGCAUUCCACUUGUCCUUACAAUUUGCUACUGGAGCAACUUUGGUUAUUUGUUCAAUUUUCAUGUACAGUCAUCAACCUAGGACGAACGAUGUUUCUGAUAAACAUUUGCUUAUUAAUAAAGUGUGAAAUACGAGAUAUUAGGUACUGUUUCAAUUUAGCAAUUAAUAAAUUAAACUCUUUUCAAGAGUUAGGUGGCUGCUGAGCUUGCAGUUAUCUGUUACUGCUACAUUCAGUGAUUGUUCUGCAAACUCUGACUCCAAGUAUGCAAAGAAUGAAUUUAUCGAAAAUGAAGUAUUGUGGAUGUCUUCUCGUUGGGUUGUAAUCGAAUAAAAAAAUUAUUUUCAAUUGUUUCGAGAACUUUGAAAUAUCAAUAUGAUGCAUUUUGCACAUUCUAAACGUAAUAAUCCAGUUGCAUAUCAAGCUAUAGCAUAAUUUCUUGUAAUAAAUCGGUUGAAAUUAGCCCGUAAGCUUGGAGCUUUAUGAUUGUCAACCGAGACGAACAUGUAUGGAAUUAUUUUUCAAUCCACUAUUCGAUAAUAUUUAAUAAUAAUAGUAUAUAGAUAUUUUACAAUUAAAUCGACGGAACAAAAAAAUUGUUCAUAAAGAUCUUAAGGAAGAAGUGUUAUUUUGAAUCAUUCUGAAGGUAUAGAAACUUGAUGCAAUAAAUAUGAAUAGCUGAAAGAAAGAAAUUAUGAUAAAACAAAGUCAUCUGCAUACAUUCAUUUUUAUUACUGUAAAGAACUCAUUUUGACUUUUCUAUUAAUAGUAUUAAUCAUUACUAACAAACAUUCGUUACUUAUUAAAAUAUGCAUCAUUGAUCUAUAUUUUUUACAUGAUCAACCACAUGAAUACCAUUGCCCGUACAUAGUUUUUAUCAUACAAUAAUCAUCUAAUCAAUAUGAAGUGUUCCGACAUAUUUUAUGGAACUGAUGUGAGAUUUGAUGUACUCAAUUUUUAAUUAUUGCGACCGAAUAAACCUAAUUUUUACAUGAUAA